CAUCUUUGAGGGCCGGAGGGGCAGUGGAUGGAGUCAAAGGGCAGUGUCUAUGGCCACAGGUCUGCCUUGAGAAGGGGCCUGGCCCCAGCUCUCGGCUCCUCUCUUUAGAAUGAGUGCUUUAGUCUCCAACUCUGAGUCCAACUCAUCAAUUCAGGACAGCAGAAAAACUCCUACUUCCCCGCUCCUGUUUCCAAGGAUGACAAAGUGCCUGGUGACAGGGCCACUGAGCCCAUCACGGAUGAUCCUGCGUAUGUCCAGCUUUUACCAUCAUCUCAAUGUCUCUGCUCCUCCUUUGCUCUUUUGACUUCUCUUCCAGGGCUCUCUGUGCAGACACAUGGUGGGUGUGGACUUUUAAGAUGGACUCUGAGCUGACCAGGGCUGGUUGGCUGUCCUCUUGGUACCAUGCGGUCACAGAAGCGGGUAAUCAAACAACAAACAGUCCUGUGGUGUUUGGAGUCUCCCUUAGUGACAGCAAAGCCUCUGUUUGAUUUCUCACAUGGCAACAAACCAGGAGGGGAAGGUGAGUGGCACCUGGAAUAGACUCUCGUCUAAGGCGGGGUUCAGGUCCUGGAUAAUGUGCUGGAAGGGCACACAGAGGUGAACUACCAAAGAUGCAGGAGGACAUCCUCUUCCUGCUUCUCCUGGGCGCCCUGUCAGGGGGACAGGCACUACACCUAACCCACGUACCUGCUACGAGCCACGUGACAGAGACUUCUCCACCUGAGACGUCCGUGCACAGGUUUUCUGUGGAAUUAUCAGCAUCCCUGUCCCCUGUGACCCCAGGGUUUCCCCUGAUCAGGAACGCAAGUCCCCUCACUGAGGCCUUCCGGGUGAACUGGCUGUCAGGCACUGACGUUGCCACCACUGGGAAGGAACAACUAGAUUUUGAAACAGGACCACAUAUAUUUGAUUUGCAGAUUUAUGUGAAGGAUGACGUGGACGUCACUGACCUGCAGGUCCUGACGGUCCAGGUAACAGAUGUGAAUGAGCCGCCUGAGUUUCAAGGCAACUUGGCAAAAGGUCUAGACCUCUACAUAGUGGAAGGAGCAAAGCCUGGAUUCAUUUACCAGAUGGAGGCCUUCGAUCCAGAAGAUGCAAGUCAAAACAUACCCCUCAGUUAUUUCCUGAUCUCCCUUUCAAAGAGUUUCAGAAUGUCUGCCGAUGGGAGCCUCUUCUCCACGACAGAAUUUGACUUUGAAGCAGGACACAGCAGCUAUCAUCUCACUGUGGAAGUGAGAGACAGCCAAGGACUCAGAGCCUCCACGGAGCUGCACGUAAACAUCGUGAACGUCAACGAUGAGAUCCCUCGCUUUACCAGCCCACUGCACGUGUACACGAUUCCUGAGGAGUUGGGUCCAGGAACCAUCGUGGCCAAUAUCACAGCUGAGGACCCUGAUGAUAAAGGUUUUACCAGCUUCCUCUUCUACAGCAUCACUACUGUCAACAGCUAUUUCAUGAUCAGUCAGUUGACUGGGACCAUCCAAGUGGUGCGCAGGAUAGACCGAGACGCAGGUGAAUUAAGACAAAAUCCAGCCAUAUCUCUGGAGGUUCCGGUGAAGGACAGACCCUCCGGGGGUCAGGAGAAUCGCAAGCAGAUAACCUUCAUUGUGGAAGACAUUAACGACAACCCCUCAACAUGCACCAAGUUCACCUUCAGCAUCAUGGUGCCUGAGAGAGCAGCCAAGGGGAUGUUGCUUCUGGACCUGAACAAAUUCUGCUUUGAUGAUGACAGCAAAGCACCGAACAACCAGUUCAACUUCACCACGCCAUCUGGAGUGGGGAGCAGUGGCAGAUUUUUACAGGAUCCAGCUGGCUCUGGGAAAAUUGUGUUGAUUGGUGAUCUAGAUUAUGAAAAUCCAAGUAAUCUAGCAGCUGGCAAUAAAUACACUCUGAUAAUCCAGGUGCAGGAUGUUGCCCCUCCGUACUAUAAAAAUAAUAUCUACAUUUAUAUCCUCACAAGCCCAGAAAAUGAAUUUCCUCUUGUCUUUGAUAGUCCAUCCUACGUAUUUGCCGUGUCAGAAUUAAGCCCACCUAGAACCCGGGUUGGACGGGUGCAAGCGACAGAUAAAGACGUCCCCCAGAGAGGCGUCAUGUACCCCAUCUCCGCCGGAGGGGCCAGCCAGCAGUACCCAAACAUAUUUUGGAUUAAUCCCCAAACGGGAGACCUCCAGCUGGUGACCAAGGUGGACUACGAAACAACCCCCGUCUAUAGUCUCAGAAUCCAGGCCACCAACAGCGAGGACAGCAGCUCAGUCCCGGUUAUUGUGAACAUCGUUGAAGAAAAUGAUGAAAAACCAAUUUGUACCCCAAACUCGUAUUUCCUGGCCAUCCCAGUGGAUCUGAAAGUUGGCACAAAUAUUCACAAUUUCAAGCUGUGUACUGACCUUGAUUCCAGCCCCAGGUCUUUUCGUUACUCCAUUGGCCCAGGCAACAUCAACAGUCAUUUCACCUCUCCCAAAGCCAGGUCCAAUGUUACAAGCCUGAUCCUCGCGACUCGCUUUGACUAUACUAGUGGGCUUGAUAAGAUCUGGAACUACAAACUACUUGUCUACGUAACUGAUGACAACUUGCUCUCCGGCAGGAAGAGAGCUGGGGCUCUUGUUGAAACAGGCACAGUGACAGUGAGUAUUAGUGUCAUUGCUCACCCAACCACGAUUAUCACCACAACCCCCAAGCCCAGGAUCAUCUACCAGAUCCUGAGGAAGAAUGUGUAUUCCCCAUCAGCGUGGUACGUGCCUUUCGUCAUCACUUUGGGCUCCAUGUUGCUUCUGGGUCUCCUGGUGUCCCUGAUUGUCCUGUUGGCCAAAGCCGUCCACAGACACUGUGCCUGCAAGACUGGGAAGCACAAGAAACCUCUAAAUAAGGCCGGUCAAAUGCAGAACACAAAGAGAGAGGUCGUGGUGGAAACCAUCCAGAUGAACACAAUCUUUGAUGGCGAAGCCACAGACCCAGUUACUGGGGCAAUAUACGAAUUCAACACAAAAACUGGAGCCAGAAAGUGGAAAGAUCCCUUAACCCAAAUGCCAAAAUGGAAAGAGUCCAGCCCUCAGGGAGCUGCUCCAAGAAGACCUGUCACCGGGGAAGGGACUGGGCCACCAAGGAGCACCCACAAGGAAGGAGAUGGGCUGAGUGGCAAAGUACAGGCCAAGGAUGCAGGUCCAGGGUCCAGGAUCCAGAACGGCAAGCCGAGCACCCCAAAGAACAGAAACCCAGCCCUCACGAGCGGGGCGUCCCCCAAACCGCACCCAGAAAAGUGA